AUGGUGCUGUUUGUCGAGCGCGGUAUACGCUGCGGUCUCAGCCAAUGCUCUAACCGAUACGCAGCCGCCAACAACAAAUACAUGUCAUCGUACGAUUCAUCGGAACCGUCAUCGUACUUAAUGUACUUUGAUGUAAACAACUUGUACGGCUGGGCGAUGUGUCAACCGUUGCCCUACGCCAAAUUUCGAUGGGUCGAUGAUGUCGCGAGCUUCGACGUAAUGUCCGUUGCAUCCGAUUCGGCUACCGGUUACGUGCUGGAAGUCGAUCUCGAGUAUCCGGUGAAUCUUCACGACGCGCACGCCGACCUGCCGUUCUGCCCGACGCGCGAUAAGCCGCCCGGCAAGCGGGAGCUCAAGUUACUCGCAACGCUGUACGAUAAGCAGCGUUAUGUCAUUCACUACCGUAAUCUGCAGCAAUGCGUGCAACAUGGUCUGCGAGUUGCAAAGAUUCACCGCGUACUGCAAUUCGUGCAAUCUUGA